AUGCCAUCUUAUGGUGAUGAACUAGAGACGUUUUUAUUUCCCGCAGGCGGGCCCUCUGUCGCAAUCUUUACUUCCUAUAUGGCACCCGAACCUCCCAGGCGGUUAACCCAGUCUCCUCUUAUCGCCACAGCUUCUCCUGCUGAGACUGAACCUUUUGCUCUGUUUUUGCCAGCAAUUUCCCGCCGAAGCCAACGUAAAGCUGCCACUUCUAACAACGAUGUGUUUUUGAUCCGGAAUCUUGAAGAACCUUCUGGGCCGAACGACGACCCAGGUUAUGCCACAGCAUCCUAUCAAACCACGUCAAUGCUGUCUUAUAACACCCGGAGUUCCCCAGACCGUUUUUUACCUAUCAGAGAUCCGUACAGUCCAUCAUCUUUACCAUUCAGGCUGUCCAGAAACCCGGUUUUACUCUCCCCAGUUGAACGUUCUCGGCGGCUCCGGGACCCUACAGGCGUCUUUGCAUAUCCGCCACCGCAUGCCAUUCUAAACAAUAACGAAAUUGGGGAUCCUAGAAUAGUACCUCACCAACUGCCUCGCUAUAUAAAUCAUGGCCUCCUUAGCGAACACCCAUCCAAUCCUGGUGAGGUUGCGCCAACUAGAAGGGUUAGAACUCAUGCAGUUUGGAACUUUCAAGGCAGUAUAGGAACCGGGCCUUCCCCUUGCAAUGCGGUUUCUAAUGGUCGUGGGGGUCUUUUUGGGAGCGGGACAGUGGCCCCUCUCCACAUCGCAGAUUUUCUCACAAACAGAAGCCAAGCCCAAGAUGAUCUUGCAUAUGAAUCGCGUCUUGCUUUUGCUAUAAACGUCGACCAAGCAGCUCGGGUCCUAAAUUCAACGCCACAGAAACCUCUUCAAGAAAAAUUCAUCCCGUCGUUCAAUUCUCCUAUCAGGUGGAGUAAUGGUGUCUGGAAAACUGACGAUUCACGAUCGCCCUCCCCUAAGAAGCAGGCCGCCAAGCCACCUCGUCCAGUGCCAUCAACUCCCUUUCGUGUUCUAGAUGCACCUUUCCUCAGAGAUGACUUCUACUGCUCUACCCUAGCAUAUUGCUAUACAGCUCGGGUACUUGCCGUUGGCCUUGGACACAAAGUGUAUAUAUGGUCUGAAGGAACACCAGUGAAGUAUCCUCCGUUCAAGGACUAUCCAACUGCGAACUAUGUUACUUCAUUGUCGUUCUCAUCAUAUAUGGGCGGACAUAGUAUAUUGGCCGUUGCUCGUCAGGGUGGCCAAGUUACUUUAUGGAGCACUUUCGACUCUGAACCCCGGUUUGAAUUCAAACUUCCUCAUGGAGCAUCUUGUAUCUGUUUUAAAGGAUGCACCACACGUAGAACAUCAAGCCGGAAUGGGUUGACCUCAGCUGACAUGGAAGAGCUUGCUAUCGGCGACGAAUUUGGGCAGAUUUGGUGCUACUCCGUGGAAUGGACAAAUGCAAAGUGGAGGAAACGGUAUAAUUGGGACGGUGCGGUAAGGCUUCUCGCAAAAAUUUCAGCACACACGCAGCAGGUUUGUGGUGUGGCAUGGUCUCCGGAUGGGAUGUACUUGGCCACUGGUGGAAAUGACAACAUUUGCCUGCUUUUCGACUUCGUUGAACUUAUCAAGAAGACAGAAUUCGAAGGGAGCAUUGUUAAUUCACAUGAAAAGACGAAAAGCAUAACUGCCGGGUCUGCCCUUUCUAGUAGGUUAUGCCUACUUCAGUCCUACUUCCACUGUGGAAAUACAUGUGGCAGCACUUUGUCUACCGGAACAGGCACACCGGAAACAGGCACCCCUUACCCUGGCAAAAGGAGGCCUAAAGAUUCAUCCUCAGCAAACCCAGUUAAUAUACCAAUGGGCUCGGAGAAGCACAAAUUCACACAUGCUGCUGCGGUUAAAGCAAUCGCCUUUGCCCCUUGGCAACCAUCUCUUAUGGCAACAGGUGGCGGUACAAAUGAUCGAUGCAUUCGAUUUUUCCAUGUUGUUUCCGGCGCAUGUCUAGCUAUCAUUAAUGUUCAUUCACAGGUAACCAGUUUGAUAUGGAGCAAGACCCGUCGUGAGAUAGCUGCAACCUUUGGCUACGCAUCGCCUGACCACCCAUAUAGGAUAGCUGUGUUUGCAUGGCCGAGCUGUCAGCAAGUCGUCGCUAUACCUUGGGUGGUAGCCAUAGGUCAUGAACGAUUUGGAAGUUUGAAUCCAGGAGACUGCGGCCGCGCACUCUGCGCAAUCAGUUACCCUGGUGGUCCAAACGAAAUGGCUCGUCAGCUAGCUGAACCUGCAUCCCGCAGAGGUUAUGGUCAUGGUCCAAAUAGAAGUGAUACCGGCUCAGAAGACUCCCAGUCUUCCGCCUCGAACAAGGAGGGAGAUACAUGGUGGUCACGCACGGCCGAAGAAGGAUGUAUCAUUGUGGCAUCCAGUGACGAGUCGGUAAAAUUUCACGAGGUUUGGAGCGGGACACCUAAAAGUAUCGCUGGCACCAGCGGAGUACUAGGUGGGAGCGCAAUCUUAGAAGGCUUGGAGGGGAUUGAAAAGGAGACGGAGAUUAUUAGAUAG